AUGGAUUGGUCACAAAAGCUUUCCUUUACAGCUUUUAUCAUUGUUACAGCAGCCAUUCAUGGAGCUUAUGGAGAUGCUAUGGUCACUGGUACUGUUUUUUGUGACCAAUGCAGAGAUGGCCAAAUAUCCCUUUAUGAUUAUCCUUUAUACGGAACUAAGGUAAAAAUGGCAUGUUCAGGCAGUGAUGGGCAAUUUACCACGUGGAGAGAAGAAACAACUAACUGGUUGGGAAACUAUGCUCUGAAAUUUGAUGGCACACCGGACUUAAGUCGUUGUUACGUGCAGGUUUCGGGUAACGGGCAAGGAUCGGGCUGCCGGGCGGCUGCUGGUCCGGCCGGUUCUCUAAGAUUAAUGUUCAGGAUGUUUGAUAUGGAAAUGUACACUGUGGAUCCUUUGCUUUCUCUGCCUGCACAGCCGAUGCCCUUCUGCCCAAGAUCCUAUACCCCGGCACCGGUCACUCCGGCUAAUCCUCCACCUGCACCGGUCAUCCCAGCUAAUCCUCCGCCUGCGCCGGUCACCCCCACUAAUCCUCCACCCGUAAGGCUUCCACCACCACCUCAACCACCAACGGGAUCACCAUUGCCCAAGUUACCGCCAAUGCCCCCAGCUCCAUUUUUAGAAGCUUCGGCUUGUUCACACCAGCAGUGGAUGAUGCCGGAACAUAGAUGCUAUUGGAAGGUGGUUACCCCCGACACCAAAGUAGCUGUCGUUUUCGGCAUUGUAGCUGCUCGGAAAUAUGGCACAGACAUGACCCUGGUUCAAGGCAUGAAUGGGAGAGCUGAUCCAUAUAGAACCCUUUUAAGGGAAGGUACAACUGCCCUUCUUAACUCCUACAAUAGCCUCCAGUUCCCAUAUCAUCCUCUAGGUGUAAUCCAAAACAUGAACUGGGCACUGAUGGGAUCUACUCAACAAGUCCUUCGCACCGCGCUGAGAUUCAUGAGGGCAAACUCAGGCAGUGGUACCGCCACCUGCAGGCUUACUCCUUGCAAAUGA